GGACAUCUGCUUGGGUGAUUGAACUCCAACCCUGACCCAGCGUCAUGGCCAUGGGAACCAAGGGAGGCACUGUCAAAGCUGCUUCAGGAUUCAACGCUGUUGAAGAUGCUCAGAACCUGAGGAAGGCCAUGAAAGGGCUUGGCACCGAUGAAGACAGCAUCAUUAAUAUCCUUGCCUACCGCAGCACUGCCCAGCGCCAGGAAAUCAGAACCGCCUACAAGACCAACAUUGGCAGGGACCUGAUAGAUGACCUCAAGUCAGAACUGAGUGGCAACUUCGAGCAAGUGAUCGUGGGAAUGAUGACACCCACUGUGCUGUACGAUGUGCAGGAGCUAAGGAGGGCAGUGAAGGGAGCUGGCACUGAUGAGGGCUGCCUGAUUGAGAUCCUGACCUCCAGGACCACUGCGGAGAUCCAGCGUAUCAAGGAGACCUACCAACUACAAUAUGGACGGAGCCUUGAGGAUGACAUUUGCUCUGACACGUCCUUCAUGUUCCAGCGCGUGCUUGUGUCUCUGUUAGCUGGUGGCAGGGAUGAAGGAAAUUAUCUGGAUGAUAAUCUCAUGAGAAAGGAUGCCCAGGAACUGUAUGAAGCUGGAGAGAAGAAAUGGGGUACAGAUGAAGUGAAAUUUCUAACUGUUCUCUGUUCCCGGAAUCGAAAUCAUCUGUUGCAUGUGUUUGAUGAAUACAAAAGGAUAUCACAGAAGGAUAUUGAACAGAGUAUUAAAUCUGAAACAUCUGGUAGCUUUGAAGAUGCUUUGCUGGCUAUAGUAAAGUGCAUGAGGAACAAACCUGCAUAUUUUGCGGAGAGGCUGUAUAAAUCCAUGAAGGGCUUGGGCACUGAUGAUGACACCCUCAUCAGAGUGAUGGUUUCUCGAGCAGAGAUUGACAUGCUGGACAUUCGAGCCAACUUCAAGAGACUCUAUGGAAAGUCUCUGUACUCUUUCAUCAAGGGUGACACAUCUGGAGACUACAAGAAGGUACUGCUCAUUCUCUGUGGAGGGGAUGAUUAAAACAAAAUCCACAAAGGCUAAGAAGAUCUUCCAACACUUUGAUUUUUUUUAUGCCCUGCUAUUAGCAUUAUCUCAAAAAUCCUUAUUUUCAAUUUUAAUGCCCACAGUUUCUGUCUAGGAUGUAGACUAUUAUUAUUCAUCUAUAAUUAGUCAUUUUGAUGCUUUAAAGCUGUACUUGCAUUUCAACGCUUAUAAAACAUGAAAGGAAAAUGAAAAGUAUAAAUAAAAUGUACUUCAUGCUUUUAA